AAGCCCUUCUACUAUAAAAAGAAAAUAACCGAGACCAGUCGAAUAGUCGAUGCCCUAGGGUUUCCCCGUUGAUCGAAUUUCAACAGUCAUUUCAGACGCACUAUCUCACUGUUUCUGCAUCCCCUACUUCCUAUCCGAUGGAGAAAACCCAUCCCGUCAAAAUGUGGCAAUGGUUAUGUACUCUUCCUCAGCCUCAGCCUCAGCCCUCAGCUCCAGCUACAAAUGCGGCUCCGGAUCCGGCUCAAGUUCCGUCUGGAGCUCCAUCUGCAACUACGGCUCCGGAUCCAGCUCAAGUUCCAGCUGGGGCUCCAUCUACAACUGAAACUGCCGCUCCGGCUCAGGUUACUGCUGGGCCUCCAUCUGCCACGCCGUCCACUUCUUCUGGUCUUCCAGAAAACUGGAUGCACAAGAAUAGACUUCAAGAAUAUACGCAGAGGUCUGUCAUUCCACUACCAAUUUACCAGACCAUCAAUGAAGGAUCCUCACAUGCACCUCAAUUUAGGUCAACUGUAUGGAUAGAUGGAGUAAGUUAUACCUCUCCAAAUACUUUUUCUCAUCGAAAAGCAGCCGAACAAGAUGUUGCCAAACUUGCGCUGGAGGGCAUAUCACUAAAGAUCAAGGAGGAAGGAUGUCCUCUCAUUCUUGAGGAUACGGUGUUUUGCAAGUCUAUCCUUAACGAAUUCGCUGCAAAGAUGAAUCUAGAACCGCCUACCUACAGCACCAUCCAGCAAGAAGCAUUGCUUCCUGUUUUCACAUCUUCUUUGGUUUUCAAUGGUGUAAGUUACACUGGUGAAGCUGGUAAAAACAAGAAAGAAGCUGAACAAUUGGCAGCACGUGCUGUUAUUCUAUCUCUCCUAGGUAGUUCUGGGACAGGAACACUUCUUUCUGAGAUAAUCAAGUCUAAGCGAAAACUCUAUGCGGCAUUGGACAAAGUGAAGGACGCAAGCUAUGCCCAUAAGAGUCCUAUAUCCCAGGGAGCAAGUGUAGAACAAAUUAAUGCCAUGCCCCAGGGAGCGAGCGUAGGACAAAUUAGUGCCAUACCUCCAGGGAUAAGCGUAGGACAAAUUAGCGCCAUACCUCCAGGGGUAUGCGUAGGACAAACUAGCGCCAUACCUCCAGGGGUAAGCAUAGGGCAAAUUAGUGCUGCACCGCAAGGAGUCAACACAGGACAAAUUCCCAGGGUACUUGAUAAAGAUAAGGGAGUUGAAGUGGCUGUUGCUGCCAAGAAUGUAUCAAAAGGUUCAAUUCCAGGGGCUUUCUCAGUAAUGGCUCCAUUGAGGCAUGAAUUCAAAGUACCAAAACUAGAAGAAUCCCCUCAACCAAUCAAUAUAGAACCAUCAUCACAAGCAAUCAAUCUUCCAAUUGCAUUUGUGGGUCCUGCUUUACAACAGCCUCCGGGUGAAGGUCAGAGGUCUUCAAAAAAGCGUCGCAAGAAUAAGAAAAAAUCUAACAAGAAAUUGCGACCUGACACACAAGUGCAGAAAUGGGUUUGCAAGGAGCAACAGAAACAAUCUCUUUUCUCACCUCCUUGUGGAACCUCUCCAGCAAUGCAGGUGGCAGAGAAACCAAGGCCAGCGCCCCUUCAACACCCUCCUCAUUCUUGUGACCUAUAACUGAAGUCACCAUCCCAGGACCCAUCCCAGUCCCAGCUCUUGCCGGACCACCAUACACUCCUCCUCCCCACCCAAAAUCCACAUCAACAAACCUCAACCGACUCAUGUCAGACGCCACAAACGCUCCUUCACUGCAGAACCCCCUGCGUCCAUUCGCCUCAAUCAAGUCCAAGACCGACGCCUAAUACUCGUCUCCGAUGGCACCCUUCUUCACUUCCCAAAUCAGCUUUGCAGUGCAGUGUAUCGGCUCCUCCACAAGCUUGGCCUCCUUUAUAACAGUACAGGGAAACACAACCGCCGCUCCAUACUAACCAUUCGGUAGUGAUGGUUUGUAUCGAAAACAGGUGUCAAUCGGAAAGAUUAGCCUUGUGCUGGAUUCAGGGCUAAUGACCGUUCGAGUUCUUGCUCUCCAUAGACAUGAAGCGAUUGCAUCAAAGGUGGGGCAUUUUUUGUUGCCAUUAAUAUGGGUUUUGAGGGCUAAUAUGUUGGCACGAGAUAGGAAAACAGAGGUUUGAGCCAGACUCUUAAAAAGU